UUCUCCAACUUUGACUCUCUAAACUAAAAACUAAACGUGAUUCUCUCUACUCACCCUUUUCCCUUUUACUUUUAUUCUCAUACACUUUUCGUGAUUCUACUUUCUGGCCGUUCAAACUUCAAACCUCUCCAUAUCCAUCCGCGCCAUUGCAGCACCUUCUCUGUUCCUAACUAACCGCUUCCUCACAUUUCCAGUUUCCAAUUCAACAUUGAUCUCAAAUUUAAAACACUUCAAUUAUUUCCAAAUCGAUAACACAAACAAAAAUUACACACACAGACGAAGAUUCUGCAUAUUUCAAACAAGUAUUAUCUUUGUUGUUAAUUGUCGGUGAUGUCAUAAAUAAAUACAAAGUUAAGAAGCUCGGACAAAAAAGAGAAGAAGGAAUAACGGUAUGCUGUUACGACUGACACGCCGACACUGACACUGAUAAUAAUUUGAGAAAAUGAUAGAAUUCAAUGUAAUCAUAGUCGGUGUUCGACACCACUGACACCGGGACACGCCUAAUCUGAGGAGUGUCCAUGCUUCAUAAUUAUUUAGUGUAAGUUGGAUUCGUGGUGAAUUUGGCUAAACUGCAGCAUGAUUUUGUUGAAACUCGAAAGAGUAGCUUUUGCUAAAAUCAAUGCCAUCCAGUUUGAUGUCAAACUCACUGUCAAUCCAAACACACACUUAUAUUUACCGUUUUUCUAUUCAAUAUGAUGAUAGAAUAUGGUAAGAUUUUAUUUUUAUAAGAAUGAUUGUGUCGUAUACAUUUUAUAGGCGUAAAAUGGAAGUUGCUGUGUUGCCUGAUGCAGCAGUUUUGGGAAUUCUUAAACGCUAUCCAUUUGUUCCAAGACACCCUUUUACCCGUGGAGUAUCUUCAACUGUGUCAAGAAGAAACAGAAAUGUUUCCUUUGCUGACAAGAGGAUCUUCAAAUCAGUACAUACAGUUUUUUCACAAAAUAAUGAUGAUCAAAUGUUUACAGAUGUAGUUGUUGAUCAAGAUGGUCAUUCAGGGAAAAAUGAAGUUCUGGGAAUUGAGGAUGAAUUUAUGACAGCCAAGAAAGCUCUUUCAGAGGCACAAGACAGACAAGUGGCUCUAGAGAAAGAGAGAGAUCACUUGCUUGAAGAACUUGCGCGUUCUGAGGCUAAAAAACAGGAAUACAUAGCUGCCAUUUUACAUGACAAAGAAGUAGCUAUAACAGAGCUUGAGGCCGCCAAAUCUCUUUUCCACAAAAAUCUGGAGGAAUCUGUUGAAGAGAAGUUCUCUUUGCAAUCUAAGCUGGUCCUUGCCAAACAAGAUGCUGUUGAUCUUGCAGUGCAGGUUGAAAAAUUAGCGGAGGUUGCUUUCCAGCAGGCCACUUCUCAUAUACUACAAGAUGCUCAACUCAGAAUUUCAUCUGCUGAAACCACAGCCGCCGAAGCAGCUCAUCAGAUUGAAAAGCAAAUUAAGGAUGCAACUGAGGGUACAAUAUCAUCCAUUGUGGAGAAGUCAAAAUAUGCUAUAGAAAGGGCUCUAGCUGUGGCAGAGGAAGCAGGUGAACAUGCAAAAGAGGCCAUGGAAACAUUUCUAGAUGGUACAUCUCCAUUUACGGAAGUUGCCUCUGUCCAGGUAGAAAAUAUUAAGUUACAAGGAAUGUUAAGUGAUAUAGAAUCUCAGUUGAUGAUUACAAGAAAUGAGGUUGCUAGACUGAACAUAGAAUUGGAGCACACCAGACAACAACUGAAAGCAUUUGAACAGAGAGCCAUUGAUGCGGAGAAAGCUUUGCUUGAUCUUCAAGAGUCAAGAAGGAAAACCACUCUACAGCAAGAGGAGGAGAUGAAGUCAUUAUUGGAUAAAGUGAGAAAAGAUGUGGCAGACAAGACAAAGGCAAUUUCCAAGGCUUUUAAGACUGACUUGAAAAACAUAAAGGCUACUAUUGAAGCUUCCAAAGAAGUUGUUCUUAGUAAAGAUAAUGCCUAUCUCAGAAGAUGUGAAGCACUGCAGAGGUCAUUAAUGGCAUCAGAAGAUGCUUUGAAGAUGUGGAGACAGCGAACUGAAAUGGCUGAAUCCUUGCUUAUGAAAGAAAGAAAACUAGAUGAAGAGGGUGGAGAUUCAAUCUAUGUUGUUAAUGGUGGGAGGAUAGACCUUUUGACCGAUGUCGAUUCUCAAAAAUGGAAACUACUGAGUGACGGUCCUCGUAGAGAUAUACCUCAGUGGAUGGCACGAAGGAUUAAGGCUGUCAUUCCCAAAUUUCCACCAAAAAAGACUGAUGUAGCUGAAGCAUUGGCAUCAAAUUUCAGACCGUUGGAGUUGCCUAAAGCUGAUGAAGUAUGGUCUAUUGCCCGAGAAAAGCCAAAGGAAGGGGAUGCUUUAGUUGAACAUGUUUUUGAAAGAGAAACAAUUGAGAAAAAACGGAAGGCAUUGGAGCGUGCUCUUCGACGGAAGACUGAGAAAGCCCCUGAACAAAAAAUACUAGAGCCAGGAACAGGAACUGGGCGAGAGAUUGUGUUUCAAGCUUUUAACUGGGAGUGCUGGAGAAGGCAGUGGUACCAGGAGUUGGCAUCUAAAGCUUCUGAUUUAUCUAAAUGUGGGGUGACCGCGGUGUGGCUGCCGCCACCUACAGAAUCUGUUGCGCCUCAAGGUUAUAUGCCUUCUGAUCUUUACAACUUGAAUUCAUCCUAUGGUUCCGUGGAAGAACUUAAACAUUGUAUAGAAGAAUUGCAUUCUCAAGAUUUGCUGGUCUUGGGAGAUGUUGUACUUAAUCAUAGAUGUGCACAUAAGCAGAGUCCAAAUGGUGUUUGGAACAUUUUCGGUGGCAAGUUAGCUUGGGGACCUGAAGCAAUUGUAUGCGAUGAUCCGAAUUUUCAGGGGCGUGGAAAUCCUUCAAGUGGGGAUAUCUUCCAUGCUGCACCAAAUGUUGAUCAUUCUCAGGACUUUGUGCGGAAAGAUAUCAAGGAAUGGUUGAACUGGCUUCGCAAUGAUAUAGGUUUUGAUGGAUGGCGGCUUGACUUUGUAAAAGGCUUCUCUGGCACGUAUGUUAAAGAAUAUAUCAAAUCAUCAAAUCCUGCAUUUGCCAUUGGAGAAUAUUGGGACAGCUUGGCUUAUGAACAUGGAAGUUUGUGCUAUAACCAAGAUGCUCAUCGGCAACGGAUAGUUAAUUGGAUCAAUGCAACUGGCGGUACUUCAUCAGCAUUUGAUAUCACUACAAAGGGGAUACUUCAUUCUGCUCUGCACAAUGAAUAUUGGAGGAUGAUAGAUCCUCAAGGGAAACCAACAGGAGUUAUGGGAUGGUGGCCUUCUCGUGCUGUCACAUUCCUAGAGAACCAUGAUACAGGGUCCACACAAGGUCACUGGCCGUUCCCACGAGAUAAGCUCAUGCAGGGAUAUGCAUAUAUCUUGACUCAUCCUGGAACUCCUGUUAUAUUUUAUGACCAUUUCUAUGAUUUUGGCAUCCAUGAUGUAAUAACUGAGUUGAUUGAGGCUCGGAGACGGGCUGGAAUACAUUGUCGGAGCUCUAUCAAGAUAUACCAUGCAAACAAUGAAGGUUAUGUAGCUCAAGUUGGUGAUUCAUUAGUAAUGAAGCUUGGGCAGUUUGAUUGGAAUCCCUCUAAGGAGAACCGUUUGGAAGGGAGCUGGCAGAAGUUUGUUGACAAAGGAUCAGAUUACCAAGUUUGGUUGAGACAAUAAUUUAAUGCCAAUUUAGUAGACAUGGCUCUUUUCUGUGAUAGAAAUUCAAAGUUGCUUCAAUGUAGAACAUUUGUUGAAGGAACAAUUUCCAUAAUGUAGCCAUAAAUAAAUUAAAAUUUUCACUAGCAUUGUUGAUUUAUAUUCUUAUAUGACAUUGCCUUAGCAAUGUUCAGAAACAAAUGAACUCAUCUUUUGAUGUGCAUUGCCAUCUUUAUUAAAAAGUUAUGUAAUUGGGUCUCACUAUUUUAAAUGGGACCUAUUUCCAAA